GUUUGUAACUCGGGAAAAGAGAUAAGAAACACAGAAGUUGUGCUUGUUCGCAAAACCAUCAAUGGCAUCAGCAUUAUCUUCUCUCUCCUCCACCUCUUCUUCCCUGUUACAGCACAGUUUCACCGGAAACUCGAAGGCUCCUCCCACUACUCAAUUCCCCAACAAAAAUGUACGCUUUUCGGUCUUCGCUCAAAAGAAGGCAAAGAAACUUCGAAAGAUUAUUUUGAAGGAAGAUGUGGCUUAUGUAGGAAAGCAAGGGCAACUUCUUGAUGUGAAGGCUGGCUUUUUCAGAAAUUACCUGCUUCCUAUGGGAAAAGCACAACUUGUUACUCCACAGCUUCUCAAGGAAAUGAAGAUAGAAGAAGAAAGAAUUGAGGCUGAGAAAAAACGGGUAAAAGAAGAGGCACAGCAACUUGCUCUAAUUUUUGAAACUGUUGGGGCUUUCAAGGUGAAGCGUAAAGGUGGUAAAGGAAAACAAAUUUUUGGAAGUGUCACUGCUCAAGAUCUUGUUGACAUAAUCAAGGCACAACUUCAAAGGGAGGUGGACAAGAGAAUUGUUGAUCUUCCAGAGAUCAGGGAAACAGGAGAAUAUAUUGCAGAGUUAAAGCUUCACCCGGAAGUUACGGCUAGAGUGAGGGUGAAUGUUUUUGCUAACUGAGCAUUGUUAUGCUCUAAAAUUCCUGUACUAAAUGGACAAUUUGGAGCUAGCAACUUGCAUUGAUACAAGGUGCAUAACAUCUUAUGAUGAUAAAUCUUCAGACUUCAAGCUUCAAGCAGUCUGUCUGUACUCUGUAGUCUUGUAAUCAUGCCCCAGGCUCAGAUGAGGAAGGAUUCCUAAUGGGAACUGCUGCUUAUUUGAACAUUUUUUUUUGUUCAUACCCAAUUCUUGAAUAUGUCUAUUCAAUUUUCAGGACAAUGUUUGUAAUGUAAUGUACUACUUUGUUGGUGGUAAAAGAUUUUUUUUCUUUGGUCCUUCA